AUGGCGUGUCCUUUCAUAGAUGAGGUGAUGGAUGAGGGAGUUAUAGUCUUGCGGAGGGCAUUUCAAAGAGAGAGAACUUUCAGAGACAGGUCAGACCCAUUGGCUUUUAAUGACAGCUACCUGUAUGAGCGAUAUAGGUUCUCAAGAGAUGGGAUUGCAUAUAUUUGUAGAUUACUAAGCCCAUACAUUGAAAAUAAUACACGCCGCAACAGAGCGCUCACAGUCCCACAGACGGUGUGCAUUAUACUUCGCUUUUUUGCCAGUGGAACAUUUUUGUACACCGUUGGAUAUGCAGAGAAUAUCAGCAAAGCAUCAGUUUGCCGCUCUGUACGAACUGUGUACCUUUCUUUGAAAAGACUACUCAAUGUGUUCAUCACAUUCCCUGGCCACGAAGCUAUUCGUACCAUUAAACAUGCCUUUUAUGGAAUAGCUGGUUUCCCAAAUGUUAUCGGUGCACUGGACUGCACCCAUGUGCGUAUUAAGUGUCCGUCUGGUCCACAUGAAACAGACUUUGUGAAUAGGAAAUCAGUACACAGCAUCAAUGUACAGAUGAUUAGUGAUGCAGAUUGCAUCAUCACAAAUGUAGAGGCCAAAUGGCCAGGCUCUGUGCAUGACUCCAGAAUCUUUAGAGCCUCAUCUCUCUACCAGCAACUAGCAAGAGGAGAAUUCUCAGGAGUUUUGCUGGGAGACAAGGGAUACCCAUGCCUGCCUUACCUCUUGACUCCCUAUCAGGAGACCCAGACAGAGGCACAGCACCGCUACAACAUUGCCCAUGCACGCACAAGAGGUCGUAUUCAGAUGGCAUUUGGGCUGAUAAAGUCAAGGUUUCAGUGUCUGAAGCACCUCAGAGUGACUCCACCUAGGGAAUGUGACAUUGUAGUGUCUUGUGUAGUGCUCCAUAACAUUGCUUGUCUGAGGAGAGAGAGGCAAGCAAGGAUUGUUGAAGAGGAAGACUGGGGCAAUGAAGCAGUAUUGGAAGAAAACGAAACAGGCAGACUUAUACGAGACACAUAUGCAAAUAAUUAUUUUGCUUAA